CACUUAAAGCAGUCCUUGGUCUCACUCAGCUGCAGAGAUGAAUAACCAAGGAGUAACCUAUGCAGAACUGAAGGGAGUCAAGAACUCAAAGAGGCAGAAAAGAAAAUCUGAGGUUUCUAAAAGUUCCAUUUCAAUGACUGAGCAGGAAUUAACAUACGUAGAAUUAAAUCUUCAAAAUGCUUCUCAGAAUCUUCAUGGGAACGACAAGAAUCACCACUCCAAAGGUUCACCAUCACCUCCAGAGAAGUUCAUUGCUGGGAUCCUGGGAAUCAUCUGCUUUGUCUUGAUGUCCACUGUGUUGACAGUGAUCAUUGUUACUCCCUCUACUGUAAUACAGGAACAGAAUUACUCCUCUCUCACAACAAGGCGCCAGAAAGAAUAUCAUUGUGGUCAUUGCCCAAAAGACUGGCUUACAUAUUCCAACAGUUGCUAUUAUACUAGUCUGGAAAAAAAACCAUGGAAUGAGAGUUUGAUAUCCUGUGCUGCUAAGAAUUCUACUCUGCUUUAUAUAGAUAAUGAAGAGGAAAUGGAAUUUCUGACGUCCCUAUCAAUUAUAUCGUGGAUUCAAGUCUCUCGUGAAGGCCGCGGUCAUCCUUGGAUGUGGCUAAAUGGUUCAACUUGCAAACUACAGAUAACAGACUAUUUACCUGGUGAACAUAACUGUGCUGUACAAUCUGAAUGGGGCAUAAGAGCAGAAGACUGUCAGUUUCCAAAUGUAUAUCAUUGCAAGCACAAGCUUGAGAAUUUAAACAUGAGUUUGGAUGCUGUUGGGUAACUUGACCUCUUAUGAAAUGGAAAUAAUAUUCUGAUUGCAUAGAUUUUAAAAUGAAUUUUAUUUUUUUUCUGAUAAUGAAAGUUUUUCAAAAGCAGUUGAAAUAUAAUUGUGUGUGCUCAUUCGUUCAGUUGUGUCUGACUCUUUGAGACCCCAUGGACUAUAGGCUGUCAGGCUUCUCUGUCCAAGGAAUUCUCCAGACAAGAAUACUGGAGUGGUUCUAUUCCCAGAUUUUUAAGGAAUUUCUACACUGUUCUCCACAGUGGCUGUACCAGUUUGCAUUCCCAUCAACAGUGUAAGAGAGUUUCCUUUUUCUCCACACCCUCUCCAGCUACUGUUGUUUGUCGACUUUUUUAUGGCGGCCAUUCUGACCUGCAGAGACGAUGCCUCAUUGUGUUUUUAAUUUGCAUUUCUCUAGUAAUGAGUGAUGUUGUGAUAUGAGAAAGCUACAUAUCUUUCGUGUGUUUUAUUAGCCCUCUGUAUAUCUUCUUUGGAGAAAUGUCUGUUUAGUUCUUUGGCCCACUUUUUGAUUGGGGUGUUCAUUUUUCUGGUAUUGAGCUGCAUGUACUGCUUGUAUAUUUCGGCGCUUGAUUCUUUGUCAGUUGUUUCAUUUGCUGUUUUUGUCUUCCAUUCUGAAGGCUGCCUU